AUGUCCAACACAACAGAUGGAUCUUCAUUCAUCCUUUUCUCAACAUUUAAUGAUAAGAAAAUAACACUUGUGACGUUUAUUGUCAACAUCAUCAUAUUCAUUAUCGGGUUCUUGGCCUUGUCAUUGAACGCUAUCGUACUGGACACUCUGGUGAAGAGAGGGAAUCUGGAACCGACGGAUCUUGUGAUGUGCCACCUUGCCGUCACCGACAUGCUCACCGGGGUCCUUACAAUCCACUCUGUCGUAUACAACAUCAUCUACUUUCAAAACGACCUCGAAUGCCUCAUUCGCAUUGGAGCAGUAUUCAUUUUUCUCUCAGGAUCUGUCUACCACCUGGCCCUCCUGACAGUGGAUAGGUUCGUGAAGAUUGUCUUCCCCUACCGUUACCAGGAUGUCAUGACCAGGAAGUCCGUGUCCAUCAUGUCGGCGGCCAUCUGGUUCUUCUCCGUCAACCUCGGCCUCCUUCCUUCCUAUGGCUGGAGAGACUACCCGCCGCCAUCAGAACCACUUUGUUCCUUUCUUGGUGUUUUGCACACAGGGUUUCUUCGGUUCGCUCUUGUGGUGUUUCUUCUUCCGGUUUUUGUAAUCGCCAUUCUGUAUUCGAAGAUCUUCUUGGUAGCCAGACGACACGCACGUGCUAUUGCCGCCACGGACGUUGCUAUUAGGAACGAUUCCAGCAGCAUGAAAUUUACAAAGACCGUCGUUAUUCUGAUCGGAAUAUACCUCGUCUCAUUUCUGCCAAUGGCUAUGAUAGCCUUGGUGUACACGUUUGGAGGAUUUCACGAAAUGUCUGCAACAGAUGUUGGUGACUACAUCGUUUACGCCAGCGUCCUGACGUUCGCAAACUCCCUCGUCAACCCCAUCAUCUACGCUUUCAAGUUGCCGCCAGUCAGGAGGAGACUACUCCGCUUUCUUGGCAAGAGCAACAACUCUUCAAAUCCAACCACUAGUGGAACCGUACAGACAAUUGCCACCGAUAUGGAUUAAAGGGAAUCGAUGUUUAUUUCGAAACAAAAGACAGUGUGUAGAACGAAAUGAACAAUGCUACAGAUCAUUGACUAAUAUUUCCUUAAAACGGCUUUGAAACUCAAUGUUUGGAUUAUAUUACCUGCUUUGUGGCAGUUUAUCAGCCAUGAAAUGAAUAACAAUUAAACUUGUCAGUUUUUGACUGAUGACUCAUCACCUUCAAUUAUUAUGCAUUUAUUCCGCGUAUGUAACACAUUAAAAUACCGUGCAGUACUACUAAGUAAAUGGUAAGAGAUAGACUUUCGCAAAAUUAACAGUGGUACGUUGUUGGCAUGCACGACACCGGGAUGUCCUGUCGCAACAUCGGUACAAACUUGAACAUUAACCACACGGUUAUUCAUUCGGUGUGUGACGGACCAUGUGGACAAUGAUGAAGGGAAGACCUGGAAGACCUGUGACAGUGAUGACCGAAUCCUAGUUCCUCUUGCAAGACCCAAUCCAAUGACCUAUGAACUGCACCGGCAGUGGAGAGUGGGAGUGAGACUCUCCACCAGUCUCAUUAGAUGCUUGCUCCAAGUAUGUGUCGCUUGUGACCAGAUCUUCAUGAUCAAAGGGGGGCUGAAGAUAUGAAAAUCGGAAGGCUCCGGGAGAUUUGUUUGCAGAUACUUGGUGCUUGGGUGAACUCACAUGAAAAUGUAUGCCAAGUUUAAAUGUUUAUUAUUACUGUUUAUUGAAUGUAUAGUACGUGUCAAGAAGUUUGUUUUGAGUGCACGCUUGUGAAAAAUGCGUUGAAUAUGUUAUUGAAAGACGAGCACUUGUAAUGUAUGCACAUCGAGUCCAUUGUUUAGUAAGUUGAUGUACGUUUCAUAGAGCAUAAUGAUAAAGGCAUUUGAAGUCAGUUUAAAGUGUACUACAAGCGCCCACAGGGUUUGCUAUUUUCUUUACUGUACUUCAAAUUCUGUAUUUCUUUCCUUGUAUUACUUAGUCUUAGCAGGUCUGAAUUUGAACAAAUGCAUAUUUCUAUAUCUGUUAUAUGAAUACUUUUUCUUUA